ACACAUGACCAGUGGUCGCCGCGGCUAACAGUGUUACAUCGCUUCGAACCCUCAGUUCACAAUUACCUAAGUGUUUGUGCGUGUUACCGUUGAUCAAAGACAAAAUGAAAGCUUUCGUGGUAAUUCUCUGUCUGACUGCAUCAGUUCUUGCUGAACCGAGCAAAGUCAUCCAGAAGCGCAGCGGCCUCGUUGGUCACUAUGCCGCCGCAGCUCCUUUAUACGCCCAUGGGUACAGCUUGGGUGGUUAUGGGGGCUAUGGGUAUGGCUCUGGCCUGGGAUCAGGCCUAGGAGCUGCGUUAGCUGCUGGUGUAGGUUCCGGUGUAGCAGUUGGCUCUGGUAUCAGUGCUCUAAGCGGUGGUACGAUAGUUGGGGCUGAUGUUCACACAACGGUUACCAAGCAUGUUGGCAUACCAGUACCAGCUCCCUACCCUGUAGCUGUUGACAGGCCUUACCCUGUCCCAGUAAGAGUAAAUGUUCCUGUGCCAGUAGACCGUCCUUACGCCGUACCAGUUCCCAGGCCCUACCCUGUUGCCGUUGAAAAGCACGUCGCUGUUCCCGUUGACAGACCAGUGCCCGUUCCCGUGCCACAUGCGGUGCCUUACCCCAUCGUCAAACAGGUUGGAGUCCCAGUACCAGCACCUUACGCUGUCCCUGUUCCCAAACCAGUAGCAGUGCCAGUGCCUCAUCCCGUCGCCGUACCUGUUGUGAAGUCCAUUGUGUCGUCGGGCAUAGGUUUGUCUGGCUACGGAGCUUCUAGCUACGGUGCAUCGAUAUAUGGAGGUCUUCAUGGACACGGCCUUUCUUCUAAGAUCUGGUGAAGAAGAAGACUGAACAUUGAACACUCUAUUGUUGGUAAUAAUGGAGUAUUAUUUAGUAAUUAAUAAAUGUAGGUUCAAAACUAUUCAUAAAGUAAUUACAUACCUCUUUGUUCACCAAGUUCUUUUUUUGAAUAUUGGUUUCUUUUUAAUAGUUUUAAAAGUCAAACUAUUUAUAAGUUUGACUUAUUUAAAACUUAUAUGAUAUGUACAAGAAUACAAAAUUGUACUUUAAUACACAUACUUAAAUUUAAUAUUUUUAAAGAACAAUUAAUGUUACUGAAUUCGAAAUCAUUAGAGGACUUGUCUUAUUGUAUCCAUUCAUUAUACAAGCAGUAAAUGAAAAACCAGCGGGUGUUAGAUAAAAGAAAGUAAAAGGCAUUUUCAUUAGACUCUGUGUAUAGUCAUGAAUGAAAUAUUACUAUGUGAUUUUCUUAGAGUUAGCUAUAGCGUGUAUACUUUUGGUACGUAUUCUCUAUCGUUAAGGAAUUGAGAAGGAGGUGGGUUGAAAGUGCAAUGAAAACUGUAGCUUACUUUAAUCUAUUUUACCAAUUUAAUUUUAUAUAUUUUAAAAUACCAUUCAAAAAUAACGAGUGAACCAUUAUAGAAAUAUUUUUUACGAAUUAUAUAUGAAUUUUAGAUUUCCUGUAAUAUAUGUACAUAUGAUUGUUUGUAUAUAUUUGUCAGAUAUAACAAAUAUUUAACAUCCAUUAUUGCAGUUCAAUUGAUCUCUUUCAGUAUAACGCUGUUGAGGAGAGGCUUCAUCUAAUGUACCUGGUUAACGUACUUUUGUAUAUAUAUUUUCUUAGAGUUUAAGAAUGAAGGUGUAUUUCGACUGCAGUCAAUUAAAGUAUAUUUUUAUAAACUUCUUUUUAUAAUAAAAUGUAUUUCCG